CAAAGGCCUCUCCCAGUGUCCAGUGCCGCCACGAAAACCCAUCAGCAAAGCUUCUUCGGAUCCCAUACCAAAGCCCAAGUCACCAUCAACCAGUUGAACCAGUUGAUGCUCCUGAAGUUGGAGCUUCAAAUCAUCUACGAGUUGAGUUACUCACUUCUUGAUCAGAUACCUCCAGGAUGGGAGGGAUUCACAUAAUUGCAUUCGUGCUGGUCCUCAUUACUGCCAAAGGUCUAGCCCAAAAACAGCAGCAGGAAGACCCGUGCCAGGUAAAAGCCCGAGUGGUUGGUGAUAUAGAUUACUGUGAUCGUUACUGGGAAUGCGUGAAUGGACGCGCUGAAUUAUUCGACUGUCCAAAUGGUCUCGUAUUCGCGGGAAAACAUCGGGGUGUAACUGAGGGGUGUGAUUACCCCUGGAGGGCGAAUUACUGCGAUGGCAAACGCCAGGCAAAUCCACCGAUUGGUGCGGAACACUGCGAUUGGUUGUAUGGAAUUUUUGGUCAUGAGACAUCGUGCACGAGGUACUGGACGUGCUGGAAUGGUACAGCAACCGAACAACUCUGCAUUGGGGGAUUGCUGUACAACGAGAGGGCACGAUCUUGCGAUUGGCCAGAGAAUGUUGAAGGCUGUCAAAAACAUCCGCUGUGCAAUGACGAUGCCAAUGGGAAUGUUCCACUUGGCAAGUCCUGCAAUCGCUAUUGGCAGUGCCAGGGUGGAUAUCCUCGUCUCCAGAGGUGUCCAGCGAUGCUGGUGUUCGACAGGAGAUCGUUGAGAUGUGUCGUACCACCCACUGAAGACUGCGAUGUACCAACAACACCUGCCACCCUCGAGGGAGAACUCCCCGAUGGUCGCAACGAGCAAGAGCCUGAGGAGGAGAAUCUUCCACCAGGUGUUCCUCCUCUACCAUCUGGGGCUGUGCCACUCAGGGCUAGACCCAGGAACUGAGAAAAUUAUUUUAGACCUGCGAAUUAAUUUUUCUAUUCUAAAAUCCUAAAAUCCUAAAAUCCUAUUCGAUACCCUUUUCGAUUUUUUUUUUUUGACUCUCGCAGAUAAAUUCAUGAAUAAUUAUGUCCCGUUCUGAAUUUGUUCUUCAUU